AUGCAGGUCCCUACUACUUUCGCUACUCUCGCCGUCUUCCUCGGACUGGCAUUCUCGAGCCCCAUGCCUCAGGAUGACCCCCCUGAGACUGAUCUCUGCCUCCAGCGGAAAUUUCUAACCGCCGAGCGAUGUGAAGACAUCGAUCCGGCAUACACCAACGCGACGUUGCCCAGCGCAGGCUGGUAUUGCUGUUGGCAGCAGGGGCCCUUCACUCCCCCUCCCGCCCUUCCUGUCUCGGCCUGGUUGACCUUCGCGGAAGACGGCUCAGUUGCAACCCGCUGCUUGACAAGCGGAGCUUGCACGGCUGGCCUGCCCAAUGGACAAUCUUAGAUCAUAGGUUAGGAAGUGUUGUAGGCCACUGGAGAGGAUUGGGUAUAUGAUAGGACGGGGGAAAAGUUGGUUGGCAAGGCCCUCAUUCGAGUGAAAUCUUGCCACAGCCGUUUGCAUGUACCUAGCUUUUGUUGUACGAAGACAAGGCUCCCAAGGGC